CUUAAAGCGACAUGGGCUAGCGCGGGCUCCCGUGCGGCCGACAUGGCGACGGCGGAGCGCGGCCAUCAGCACACGAGGGAGAAGUACUUUCCUGGCUGAUCUGCUGGUUUUCCUGUGUUGACACCACUAAUCAGGUGUAGCAUAAAGUUACCUGGAUAUGUCUUGUGAAGUUCUACUUCUCCAUCUACUAAUGGAAAGAUAUGGAGGAUGAAUUGAAGCGAGUGGAGUUAGAGGGAUUGGGACUCUCACCUCACCUUCCCAGCUGCAGUGUAUCCUGUGCCCCAUGUGCAGAUGAUCUGCACAAAACUCUUAACUCUACAUCAGCCACAGAUGGACUUUCUUCGGCUUCAUUUAUAGAAUAUCCAAAGCACAAGCCUUUUAUUAAUUCAGAUUUGCAGUGUUCCCCAUGGAAACCAGUAAUUCCAUAUCCUGAAAGCAACAGCAGAGCAAUAUUUUCUGCUCUGAAGAAUCUCCAGGAAAAAAUUCAUCGACUGGAGUUGGAACGGUUUCAGGCAGAGGAAAAUGUAAAACACCUCAGCAGGGAAACAGCAGACUAUAAAAAAGUACUGACUGAACAAAUGCAACAGGAAGAGCAUGACAAGACUGAAGUGUCAAAGAAAAAUCAAGAAUUGUCUUCUCAGCUGGCAGCUGCUGUGUCUCGAUGCAGCCUUCUAGAGAAACAGCUGGACUACAUGAGAAAAAUGAUCCAGCAUGCAGAAAAUGAGAAGUCGCAUCUCUUGGAGAAACAGGGCUCCUUGGAGAGAGAUCGGCUUCUUGACCAGUCUCAUGUUCAGUCGAAAUUGGAAAAGCUGGAUAUACUGGAAAAAGAGUAUAGCAGACUAACUAUGAUGCAGUCCAUAGCAGAGAAAAAAAUGAAAGAGCUGGAACAGAAGCUUCAUGAGGAAGAACAUGCAAGGAAGCUUGUUCAGGAAAAAGCAGCUGAGCUUCAGACAGGCCUGGAAACUAACAGACUACUGAUUCAAGCAGCAUCACCACUGCUUUCUCCAAAAGCAAGACAACCCAGGAAAAAAGCUAAGCAGCCAGAAAAGAAAUGCUCUCGUGUAAGACAUCCUACUGUGCAGCCCCAUUACAGAUUGUGUCUGGGUGAUGUACCCUUUGUGGCUGGGAAGUCUACCAGUCCCAGUCAUUCAGUUGCUGCCAAUGUGCAACACGUGCUACACCUGAUGAAACAUCACACAAAAGCUUUGUGCAACAGACAUGUGGUAAACGAUACUCCACUAGCAAAACCCACCAGUAUUGGCCAUCCUGCCAGCAAAAGCAGAAGGCCACCCCUGCCAAUGGACUCAUCCUCAUCUCAGGAAGAACUCUCAGAAGUGUUGCUGACUUUACAAGAUGAAUUUGGACAGAUGAGUUUUGAUCACCAGCAGCUGUCAAAGCUCAUCCAGGAAGCCCCAACUGUUGCAGUGAGGGAAGAUCUGGAGAGGGAACUGGAGGCACUGGUGGGAAAGAUGGAAGCAAAGGCAGACCAAAUCAGCAAAGUUCGGAGGCAUCGUUUGCAGCUAGAGAGACUUAAGAGAGAAUGCAAGUCCAGAAAGACUCCUGCUAAACAAAUAAAAGACAGCAGGUUCCCAGUCAGUGAGGUUAAAGUAACAACUACAGUAACCACAAAAGGGAAGAAUGCAGGUCCCAUCAAAGUGAAGCCUGGAGAAAAGAGUCGGAAAAAUCUUCAGUUGCUGAGAGACAUGCAGAGCAUACAGACUUCACUACAGAAAGAUGAUAUCAGCUGGGACUACUGACUUUUUUGCAGGAGAUGUUCUUGAACCAUCAUGGCCAAACUUACAUUCUGGAUCUAAAGCAGCUGCCUUUCUUGCUGUGUGGAAGAGACUACUAUAUGAUAACCGCACUAUUGAAAUACAGGCUUACAGGCUCUUGGCUCUCCAUCCCUGCAUUUGGUUGUAUAUAUUAUGGUCUAGCUUAAAUCACAUUCCAUUUUCAAGGUACAUGGACAGUGAACCUUAACAACAGGGCUCCCCCAGUUCCCUGUGUUAUGGUUCCAGCUGUCCUUCUGUGUUGUUCCAGCACACCGAGCACCGCACAUUUGCGUGGGUUGGUGUGUGUGUGUGUGAUGUGCCGUUUCAUGCUGUUGAUCCAGGAGGCCUCUCAGGAUGCAUCUUGUGUGAAAACAGUGCUGCAGCCCUGGGUGUUGAGGGCUUUUGUCAGUUCUGUUCUGUGUGCAGCUGCACUGACUCCAUCUCUGGGAGGGUCUGAGGGAGAACAGGUAAACUCUUUCAAAGGUGUUCUGUAGGGUUCCCUUCAAAAGGUGUCCCUGGUUCCUGUUCUGCUGUGUUGCAUUAGUCAGCAUCAGUGGCAGUGGAUGUUUGAGUACUCAGAAAGGGAGCAAAGUAAUUUAUGAAUUAUGUUGCUUAAUGAUCAAGUGAAAUUUUUCUACAGAAAUCCUGCUUUAGCAAAAAGCUCUAGGAUAGGGGAUAAUACCCUGUUGUUUCUAGCUGACAGCUUUGAGUGGUAAAGGAGUGAGAGAAACUGUCUUUUAAACUGCAAGUGCCUCAAUUGUGCCAUUUGGUCCUGGCGUCUUGCUUUUAACUUGAAGUAUGUGCUUUGAUGAGAUAUCAACUUUGGUAGUAGUGCAAUUAAGUUUGUGCUCUGACUUGCACAGCUGAUUAAAUGUUAUUUAUUAUGUUAAUAAUUUAUAGAACUUCCUAUUAAUGGAAUGUAUAGAAGACCCAGAUUACCUGUAUAUACAGUUGAAAAAUAAUAAAGCCGACUUGCCUGAUGAAUGCAUUGU